AUGUCGUCCGACGAAAAGCACGAGGCUCUCCAGCCCCUCCACCCCUCCAUGGCCGGCAAGCUGGACCCCGCCUUCGAGAAGCUCUACAACGACAACGUCGCUACCAAGCCGCUCAAGCCAAUCGACCUGGGGGCGCUGCGAGGCAAUUACUCGCUGCUCUACAGCUACGGAACGGCUGCGGCGCCGGAGGUUGGACGCAUCUACGACGACGUGAUCCCGCUUGCCGACGGGUCGCAGCUGGAGGUGCGCGUCUACGAGCCCGAGAGCCCAGGUCCGUGGCCAGUGCAUGUCGACUUCCACGGAGGCGGCUGGGGCUUGGGUGAUCUGGAUACGGAGAGUCACAUUUGCAAGCACUACUGCAAAAAGGGCGGCGUGGCCGUCAUCGACGUGGCCUACCGCCUUGUGCCUGAGUUUGCCUAUCCUACAGGCGUCACGGACAGCUUCGCCGCUCUUGAGUAUGUCCACAAGCAGGGCGCGGCCAAGUUCAACAUCCGCCCAGACAGCAUCUCGGUCGGCGGCGUGUCAGCAGGCGGUUUCAUUGCGCUGGCUGUGGCACAUCUGGCCCGCGAUGCUGGCAUUCCGCUGCGGUUGGUAGCUGCGGGCACGCCCGUUGUUGAUGACAUCUCGCAGUAUGCCACGGCCGCCGACUCCCCCUGGCCAUCGAUGCAAGAGAACGAGUUCGCACCGACACUCAACUGGGCACGCCUUGCUUGGUUCGACAAGCUGAAGUUGUCGACGCUGCCCACCGAGCCCGAGGCACACAAAGCCGCCAAGGAGCGAAUCGGCUGGCAAAACAACCUGUUCAAGGCACCAAACUUCAAGGGCCUGGCUCGCACGCUCAUCUACACUGCCUCGGCCGAUCCGCUGAGGGACGAGGGCGAGAAAUAUGCACAACUGUUGGUCGAGAAUGGGGUCGAGGUAACGCAGCGGCGCUUCCCCGGAGUUCCGCACCCAUUCAUGCACAUGGACGAGGCGUUGUGGCAAGGGAGAGAGUUCAUUGACAACACGGCUAGGGAGAUUCGGAUGGCGCACUCUGACUCGCGCCUGUGCCUCGACUGCGCGUGGCCUCCCGAGCGUCCCAAGGACAAGCCCGUGGGUGCAACCGUCGCUGUGGGUGCUGCGGCAUCCAUGGCGGCCGAGGCUGCCGCUCCUAGAGAUAUGCCCACAAAGGAGGAAUCCAUCGCCGUCGAUGGCAUCGCCGACGGAACCACCGAGCUCAUCAUCCGAGGCGGUAACAGCCCAGCCUUGAGUUCUUCCAGCAGCAGCAGCUCCAGCAGCGCCAGCGCCAGCCACUAUUCGCUGGAUCAUCACUUUGGAAGUCUGCCGCUGGCAUCAUCGUCCACCAAUGAUUUAAUCGAACUACCCACCGACAGAUCUGCCUGGGAUCAGCAUGGCUCGUCCCCAGUGGGCUGGCACGAGUCCAUAACGCCAAUAAGCUACGACAGCCCUCGAUCAGAUUCACACGACUCACUCACUGUAUCACCCAUGACAUCCAUGUCGUCUCUAUCUAUCUAUAACCCGCAGUUGCUGCCGCAGCUGACGUCCUCCCACGACAGGGCUUUGCUCAACCACUACAUCACCAUUGUGUCGUCUCUGCUGUCCCGUCGCAUGUCUACCUCUAACCCCUACAACGGCUACCUGCUCCCCAUCGCUCGGUCCAAUGGCCUCGUCAUGCACUGCAUCCUGGCCCUUUCUGCGAACCACUGGCGCAAAUUGCAACCUCAACUGGCUGACAGGGGUAUAUACCACCAGAGCAAAGCGACGCAGUCUCUGGCCAGGCUCCUACCACAUGUGGAUAGAUCUAAUGCCGACAUUGCCCUUGUUAGCAGCCUGCUGCUAUGCAUGACGGAGCUGUUUGAUGGCACCAGCGAAGGGUGGCGGCUCCAUCUAAAGGGCGCCAAGAGGCUGCUGACAGCAUUAAUGAACCAGCAGCAGGGUGAUCGUAUGAAUGGCCACAACAAGUUUCUUGUGCGGCUUGCACGGUUCCUCGAUUCCGCUGCUACGACGUCAACCUGCAAGCCCCCGCUUAUGGGUGAAGAUGAAAGGGAGGCGGCCACGCUGGAUCGGCUGACGGCCUCCCCUGAUGAUGAAGACUCGGCCAUUUACGGCAUCCCUAAAGAGCUGUUCCAUCUGGUCGACGUGGUCAACUCGCUUGCA